AUGAGUUGGAACGCUGGAGGCCUCGAUGAUGCCCAUUGGAACGACGGUGGUGGCAAUGACAUGACAUGGAAUCCUCCAGGGGACAAAAUCGAGUUCGAUACUGGAGAUUUCGGUGGAGGAAAAGAAUUUGGAGGCGGAGACGAUGCUUGUCGCAAUCUGGUCAUUUUGCUCGUGAUUGCACCGAGCCUCGCAAGGCCAUUGGAGCUUGUUUCAACUGUGGUGAAGAAGGAAUGCACCAAACCUCGCGUUUUCAAGGGAGCGUGUCGAAUCUGCGAUAAGGAAGGUCAUCCUGCCUCUGAGUGCCCCGAUAAACCGGCGGAUGUCUGCAAGAACUGCAAGCAGGAAGGCCAUAAAACCAUGGACUGCACCCAGAAUCGCAAGUUCGAUCAGCACCACAUCCCAGAUAAGCUUCCAGAGGAAGCAUGGGCGAUUCUUAAGAAGGCCAGCGACGAAAAGGAUCUUGAGGACUUCCGUGAUGGCAUAAAAAUAUACUCCAAGGCAGUUCCGAUGGCAACGUUCGACGAAAUUGAGAGAAAGAUGCGCGAAGAGAACUUCAAAGUGUAUCUCAUUGGCCUCGACAAGGAAAUCGCCGAUUGCCACACUCUGAUUAACCUUCAGGGAAAGCUGAACUGCAAGUUCGUUGUCGGCUAUUACUUCGGUGAUAAACCACAGCGUCCUAACCUCAAAGAGCGCUGGCCACAAUCCUCUGAAGAAAAUUUGAAGCGCCUUGCUGAUGCUGGCAUCCCGCUGGAUCGCCAAAUUCCGAAAUGCGUCAACUGUGGCCAAAUGGGACAUGGAUCGCGUGCAUGUCCGGACGAGCGUUCGGUUGUUGAGAAGGUGGAGGUCAAAUGUGUGAAUUGUAACGGAAUGGGACAUCGUGCUCGCGAUUGCACAGAGAAGCGGAUUGACAAAUUUAGCUGUCGUAACUGCGGGCAACCUGGCCAUCGUUCGUCCGAUUGUACGGAACCGCGUUCAGCUGAGGGGGUGGAAUUUGGCCAUUUUGCUAAGGAUUGCCCUCAGGGUGGUGGAUCCAGGGCUUGUCGCAAUUGCGGCGAGGAGGGCCACAUUUCCAAGGAAUGUGACAAACCGCGCAAUUUGGACACCGUCACCUGUCGCAACUGUGAAGAAGUCGGCCAUUACUCUCGCGACUGCACCAAAAAGAAGGAUUGGACCAAAGUUCAAUGCAACAAUUGCAAAGAGAUGGGCCAUACCGUCCGGCGCUGCCCCAAGCCAGUGGAAGGAGAAAAUGCAGGUGAUGGUUUUGGCGACUACGGCUUCGGCAAUAACCCAGGAUAUGAUGAUAUGGGCGGAUCCCGGAAAGAUGAUGGGGCGUUCCCAGAGAGCACUCCGAGCUGGAUGAAUGCUGGCGAUGGCGGCACCACAGUCCCCACCUGGUAG